AUGGUGCCAUAUGGUCAGCAGAUCAACGCAAGUACCGCCGAGAUUGGUGCUUUCUCGACCGUGUUCUAUGUCUUUGGGAUCGUUUCAUUGGCUUGGAUGCCCUGGUUAGCUGACACAAAAGGCAUACGAAUCGCCAUGAUUCUCUCUGUCCUGGGCACGGCGAUUUCCUAUGCAGUUCAGGGCAGUGCGCAUCACUUCAUGCCCCUGGGUGCCAAGGCUGGUGUGUGGACCAUGAUGGCUGGAAGGGCCAUCUCAGGAUUCUUCAGCGGCAGCACACCCAUGAUCCGGUCGCACAUUGCGGACAUCUCUUAUCCGGACAUGGCAGUCCUGAAAUUUCGCAGUAUCAUCAUGUGGGCCUCCGUGCAGGCUGGGAAUUUCGCGCUCGCCCCGAUAGCCGGGCUGGUCAGCAGAUUUGGGCUGCACUUGCCAUGGUAUGUAUCCGCAGCCGUCUCCUUCGUUGUGCUCCUGUUUGUGGCUCUGCUUUUCAAGGAUGCAGAAGAGAUUUUUGGUACACAGGACCAAGAUGCAGAUGAGGAAUCGGGCGACGCCGGCAAGUCCGUGAUGGUUCAGAAAUCAAAAUCCAACACUUCAACCAGCGGAGGCGUAAGCAAACCCACCUACAAGGACCCGAUCCUUUGGCUUGUCAUGGUGGCGCAUGCGUUCCUCUUCCUGACUGCCUCAGCUUUGCUUCUGGUUCUUCCCUUCUUGCUGGAGUACCCCGCAUUUGGCCAAAUCGAUCCUUCCUCGGUUGAGCAGUCCCGGGAGAAUGUGGCCGCGGCAACGUCCCUCGUCAUGGUCCCACACGGUGUGCUCAAUCUCGCAUUCUCAACUGUUGGCUUCCUUUUUAUCUCAUCAAAGAUUGGAGACCGGGCGUGUCUGCGAAUCGGCUCGAUUGGAGGAGCAGUCAUGUUCUGUUUGUACGGUUUCGGUGCCACCGAAUUCUGGCAUCUGUUAGUGUACCAUGGGCUGUCUGGCCUGUUCGUCGGGCUCAUGGUUCCUGCGAUCACCCCGACCCUGACGUCCUACAACUUGGUUGUGCACCCCACCAAGAAGUCGCAAGCCUCCGCCUUUCCCAUGUUGGGAAUGCAGAUUGGCCAGAUCUGCGGGCCAUUGCUAUUCGGCUUUCUCCUUGGUGGAGGGCAGGAUCGCACUGUCAUGAAUAUCAUCUGGUUGGCAGUCGGAUUGAUGUGGCUUGUGGGCUAUAUUCUGCUGGAUAUUAGCUUCGAGGUAAUCAGGAGGCAUCCAGCAAUGCGGGCAGCUCGAAAGAGCCAGGACAUGUCUGCAGAGCAGAUUCAGAACAUGCUUACAGAAAAUGCCAAGGACUACGAUGUUUUUGUACAAGACAUGUGCGACUUGGUACGUGGAAUGCUGACGCCGGGCCACGAAGAGUUCCGAGGAAUGGAACUUUGGUCGGGCGUGGCACAGCGAUUUGUUGAACGCGUCUUCCGGAGCAGCGUCCCCAGGUUUCGCACGGAUCCCCAAGGACAUCUUGAGGAUGUGGCGGCAUGGGUUGCAAGAGUUGGCACAGAACAAGACCAGGACUGGUUUCAUGGGCAUUUCCCUCAUAUUCCUCGCCGAGAGAGAUGGGCCGAUAAUCUUCCUGCAGGGUCUGCCGCCGAGUAUGAGGUCGCCUUCAAGGGCGCAAAGAAAAGAGCAGCCACAAGAGCAACAAUGAGGGCUUCAAUUCAGCAGGAGUGA